AUGGCAGCAACUUGUAUUGGGCUGAGCGCAGCCUUAAUAUUGUUGUCACCACCUUCACGUUUAGGACCUGAUGGCAAGAGAGUAUCACGUCGUGCUCUGUUCUCUGCGGCAGCCAGAGCAGAUGGGCAAUUUUCUAUUUCUGUCAUUGACUUGAUUUAUCUCGGUAAAACCUUGAAAUGGAGGUCUAAUACUGCCUUUUGGUGCUUGUUGAAUGUCUUCACAGACCCAAAUUAUUUCAAGUUCGUGUUAAAUGCCACUGAAUCUCCAUCAGAGGACCACUAUGAUUAAAUUGUUGUUGGAGAAGGCACCACUGGUUGCCCAUUGGCAGCAACAGUGUCACAGUUGUGUAGAGUUCUUUUAAUUGAACGUGGUGGCGUUCCUUUAGGAAAAUCCAAUUUGAUGAGACAAGAUGGCUUCUUGUCAACACUAAAUGAUGUGGAUACCUUCGAUUCACAUGCCCAAGCCUUCACAUAAGCGGAUGGUGUCCCUAACAAGAUUCUUCGUGGCAGCAGUGCCAUAAAUGCUGGAUUUUGUAGCCGAGCUGGCCAAGCUUUCUUUCGGGAAUCAGGUGUGGAUUGGGACCUCAAUGCUGUGAAUCAGUCCUAUGAAUGGGUUGAGAAGGCAAUUGUGUUUAGGCCAGACCUUAGGAACUGGCAAUCCGCCGUUAUAGAUGGACUUUUGGAGACUGGGAUUGAACCAUAAACCGGUUCCAAUCUAGAGCACCUGGUUGGCACAAAUACUGGCGGCUCAACCUUUGAUAGUUCAGGGAGGAGACACAGCGCUGCUGAUCUUUUUAACUAUGCAAAUGCAGCCAAUAUUCAAGUUGCUGUUUAUGCAAGUGUGGGAAGAAUCAUGCUGGCAUCCACUUCUCAAUAUCCAAGGUCUCGGGUGUCAGCUAUUGGAGUGGUUUGUCGUGAUAGAGGAUGAUAUCACGAUGCGAUGGUGCGUGAAAAAGGUGGAGUGAUGCUAUCUGCUGGUGCCAUUGGGAGUCCACAGUUACUUCUUUUAAGUGGCAGUGGCCCAAGGUCUUACCUUUCAUCUAUGGGGAUUCUAUUGGCUUACCAUCUUCCAUAUGUGGGCCAAUACCUCUAUGAUAAUCCUCGCAAUGGGAUCUCAAUUGUGACUCCAACGCCACUGGAGCAUUCACUGAUUCAGGUGGUUGGUAUUUCUGAGGUGGGAGCUUAUCUUGAAGCAGCUUCAACAGUUAUCCCCUUUGCAUCCCCUGCCCGAGGUGUUUUUAUAAGGACACCUUCAUCACCUUUAUAUCUCACAGUGGCCACCCUUAUGGAAGAAAUUGUUGGGCUGUUUGAAUGGCACACGCAAGAUUUGGGAUGUGUUGAGGAGUAGAUCUGUGUAAGACUUCAUGUUCUGGGAAUAUGGAGCUCGAAAUUUCCAGUUUGUGGAGCCUGCAUUGCCUGGAGACCAUUCUCAUUUUAUUCAGAUGGCUGACUUUUGUCACCAGACUGUUAGCACCAUAUGGCAUUACCAUGGGGGAUGUGUUGUGGCAAAGGUGUUUGAUCGUGAUUAC